AUGACCGAGUUUGUCAACGAUGCCAACUUUAAGGAAUUGGUGAUGGAUACGUCGAUUGAGAAUAGAAAUGAUGAGGGGCCAAUGACACUUGAAAAUUUCACAAAACUAAUGGUUCAAUUUUACGACCUUGGAUGGAUGCGUGGAAGCGGUGGCGCUAUGGGAUGUAUUUCCGGAAACGAACUGAUGAUUUCCCCAUCGGCACUUCAAAAAGAGCGAAUUGAAAAGCAGGACGUGUUUGUUUACGAUAUCUCACAAAAGACCGAGGUUCAACGACCAGCCAACAAGAGAAUCGCCGUUUCGUCGUGCUCAGUGCUCUUUUCGCUUAUCAUGAAGGAGACUGGUCAAUCGUAA